AUGACGGUCAUAGACUUGACCCAGGACUCGGAUUCGGAGGACCAGAGGGUGCUUUCUCAUGGCAGCAGCAGUUUGAGUCUUGGCAGCAGCAGCAACCCUACUAAAACUAGCUUGUCUACCACUGUGACUACCAAUAAGACCAGCUCUGAUACGGAUGCCUCUUUCUCUGAUCAUGUAUUCAAGCCAAGGGCCGACAACCCAUCUACCCCCAGCCCGAGCCCCUCCCACCUGGAGGCGCCUAGCGUCGUGAUCCCAUCCCCCUCUCGACAGUUGAGACGUCAAAUUGCCAACUCGGACUGGGUCAAGGAUGCCCCUAAUUCAGAGCUAGAGCUGACAGGGCUGUCUUCUCAAUACUAUCCCGUUGAUGCGCACGAGAAGAGGGCCCUCAAGGGAGCCUAUCCGCGAACCAGAAAAGUGAACCGAGCUGAGGUACCCUUGAGUAUUGGCACGCCUGGUCCGGUACCACUCACAGACCGGACGGCAGUCCAGCAGCAACUGCUAGCCACCCUGCACCGGAAGCUUUCCAAGAUCAAGGGCCCCCCCGUGACGCUCGCGCCGGGGGAGGAGAGGAGGCUUGCGGACUUUGCGUCGAACUUUGAGUUCGUCAACGCGUACAUCCUGCGGAAGGGGGUUUCGCGGAUUUCCAGCGAGUUCAUCGGCGGCUGCCACUGCCAGGUUUGUGAUCCGGCGCGCUGCGCUUGCCUGAGGCAGGAUGCGGAGUCUACGGACAAAAUGAUUCCCUAUCAGCGGGCCCCGGGCAACCCGCGAUUACUUGUUCUCAGCCAGGAGUUUCUCAUGACUAUGGAAAUGAUAUUGGAAUGUACUUCGAACUGCACGUGCGACCAGUCGCAAUGCUGGAACAGAGUUGUACAGCACGGACGUACCAUCCCCCUCCAGAUCUUUUACACGGGCAACCGCGGGUUUGGCCUCCGGUCCUCUGAGAAGAUCCAUGCGGGCCAAUUCAUCGACUGCUACCUGGGCGAGGUGAUCACGACGGACGAGGCCGACGUGCGCGAGGAGGUGGCCACCUCGAAGCACGGGCACUCGUAUCUCUUCGAGCUGGACUUCUACAAAAACGACGAGGAGGUAUACGUGGUGGACGGGCAGAAGUUCGGUUCCGCCACGCGGUUCAUGAACCACUCGUGCAACCCAAACUGCAAGAUAUUCCCCGUCUCUCAGAGCCAAGACGCGGACACCCGGCUGUACGAUCUUGCCUUUUUCGCCCUGCGCGAUAUCCCGCCCAUGACGGAGCUUACCUUCGACUACAACCCCAAUUGGGGAGAGGGCCGGAAUGUCGAUCCGAGUGCGGUCCGGUGCCUGUGCGGCGAGCCGAACUGUCGCGGACAGCUGUGGCCGAACCAGCGCAAGGGGACGAAGUAA